AUGACUGAAUUAACAUCUAAUUCUAACGGAGACGGCGAAGUUAUCACCAACUCAGCCGAAAAAUGGUUUGCUUCUGAUAAGUUCAUUGAUAUUGAAGAGAAAAAUAUUUAUCCAAAUGUGACUGUUUUUAAUCGUAAACUUUAUACAUUUGGUGAGUCUAAAGAAGUGUUUAUUAAAUUCUCAAGAAUCAAUAGUUCAAUUCCUACCCAAGAUGAAAUCACUUACUUAGAUACUCGGAGUUGCAUGAUAAGGAUUUCACAAGAUAGGUAUAUCGUGAUAAUAUCCAAUGAGAAAGAGGAAGAGGAAUUUGCAGUUAUAGGAGAGCUUAGUGCCAGAUACAUAACCAAGAACAACUUGAAUCAGUACGGAUCUACAAUUUAUGAUGCUAAUGAUUAUAGAAUUGUCGGUUUGCUGAAGUUAUAUGAUCCGGCAACUUUAACUGCAGAUGUAUUGAUAGAUGCUGCAUCAAGGAGAAUUACAUCUAUGUUUGAGAAAUAUAUGGCUGAUAUCAGACAAUAA